GAAUAUCAAGUCAAUUAUUUUCAGUUAAAAUUUUAACAGACAAGACCAUGGAUGAAAACUGUUUAAAAUAUUACUUUGACUUUUUAUCGCAACCCUCAAGAGCUUUGUAUAUAUUACUUAGAGAAAGCGGUACCAAGUUUGAAGCUAAUCAAGUGGAUUUACUAAAAGGCGAACAUCAGGAUGAUGAUUACAAAAAAGUAAAUCGUUUUCAAAAAGUGCCAGCCAUAAUUGACUAUGUGAACGAUAAAGAAUUGCAUUUAGCUGAAAGCAUUGCCAUAUUAAGAUAUUUGGUCGAAUGUAAAAAAAUUUCACUAACUUUCUAUCCGUUGGACUUGGAGCUAAGGGCUCAAGUAGAUGAGUUUUUAGAAUGGCAGCAUACGACUAUAAGAACUUCAUGUUCUUUAUAUUUUCGUUUUGUUUGGGUUCAAGAAAAGUUAAUAGGUGCUCCAGCUUCUAGUGGCAAGAUUGCAAAAUAUCGCUUAUUAAUGGAAAAAGAUUUGGAACUAAUGGAAAACUUAUGGCUUAAAGAUAAUACAUUUUUGGUGGGAAAUUCUAUUACGGCAGCUGAUGUUUUUGGUGCUUGUGAAAUUGAACAAAUAAGAUGCACAGGUUAUGAAAUUAAAUUAAAAUUUCCUAAAAUCUAUACAUGGAUUGAGAAUGUUCGCAGAGAAUUGAAACCGAAUUUUGAUAAAGCUCAUCAUGUGGUUUAUACUAUUGAAAAGGAAACAAAAUCUAAAGAUAAUAAAUAAAGUAAUAAGAACUUAAUAUUUGUAAAACUAGAUUAGCCGUAGAUUAUUAGACUAAUUUCGUAAAAGGCUUUGGAUUUGUUGAAGUCGGACAUAAUUUUAUAUUAAA